GAUAAAAUUUGCGUGAUGACGGCAACAUCGCCUACAGUCAAGAUGGCUGCAUGUCUCCCGCAAGACGGAGACUUAAGUAAUCCCGACAAGCCUGGCUCUACUUCCAACUCUCAAUCAUCGAAACAGCCAGCCAGUUGUCCUCAAGGGGGAGCUUUAGCUUUAAGUGCCACUUCGGCGGAAAUCAAGCUGGAGGGUGACAAGGCAUAUGAUGAAGUAGCAAAUUAUAAUGAAGAGGACCUAAGGAGUCUUCUGGAAGAGGUCACGAAUGCUAGCAAGAGAAAAAACAAGAACACCCUCUCACCCUAUGCCCUGGCUUUAAUUCUCAAAGAGCAAGAUGCUCUUAGGGAAGAGUCCAGCUCUGGAGACGACACUAGGGAUUUAGCCUAUAGACGUCGAAAUAAAAAGUCACUUGUAGGACGUAGGGAUCAGUCGAACGGAGAUCAAUCAGCUGCUGCACGUACAAGUACCGGUGGAUCACUUGGCUCCUUACACGACCUCUCAGAGACAAAACAGCCAAAAAAAGUUGCUGGCCCCAAUCAGGGUGUGGCAUCACGCUGCAGGGAGGGUGGUUCAUGUGGAAACUUAUCACGUGGUUCUUUUGAGACCGUAAAGAGAAAGGGUCGUCGUCCUAGGGAUGCUGCUCGAGCAAGCACAAGCCAACGAGAAGGAGGUUCCUUACAGAAUUUAAACAAGACAGAAGCAGCUUCAAAUGAUUCAAAGAAGCUCCACAAGUCAGGCAGCUUGAGUCAAGUCUGUUCUGAAGUUGCUGGUGGUGCUCGCAGUAAGAAUCGACGUCAAAAGACUGCAAGUGAGAGCUCCAGCUGUAGGUAUUCUCGCCGUUCUGAAGAUCGUGAAGCAGGAGAGGAAAGCUCUGGAGAUGAAGCCAUUGUGGAUAAUCGCUGCCGACUACUAGCACAGUCCCCUCACGCUACAGAACAUACAUUUCCUCCAGAAGGUGUUGGUGGGGCUUCUGGAGGAAUUGACCCCGAUAUUAGCAAUAAUGUAGAGGAUUCUAUGUCGACACUACGUCUUCAUGUUUUCCCCCCAACCCAACAGGAUGUGGCCUCAGCGGGGGAAACUACUGAGGAGGAAGAUGACCCUAGAGAGGAGACUAGGAUAGAGCUACAAAAUGUUACUUGCCACAGGGCUGAUUUUGAUAACUCACAUACUGAAGUAGAUAAGGCAAUCAGCUUUAGCCUCGGUCGGUCACAGGAGGACACUAUGCUGAGCAGCUGUGGCCGUCGCACGCUACCUCUUCAGGACUCCCAAUGUGUUACUUCAGUCUUUAAAGAGGAAAAAUUAACCAACAAAGGGUUAGAAGAAGAAGGUUUAGGAAAGCGAAAACUUUUGGCAAGUCGAAGCGAUAGUGGGGGCAGUGAGAACAAGUCAUCUUUGGAUGAAAAUGGAAAUCCUGUGAUGUCUACUUCAAGCAGUUGCGUUGUAACUCCAUUGUCGGCUAGUGAGCGUUCCAAUGCUUUGGUUAUGCAGACUCACCAUACUGCACGCAAAAACGUGAUGAACAAUUCUCAUAAGGAUGCAAGCAGGUUUGAUCGUGUCAAAGCUAGAAAUGACAAGAAAAAGGCAAACAAAGAAAAGGAUAUUGUCAACAUUAAAGAGACGCCUGGCUUCCGUGGUGACCAAGACCUCAAUGAUAUCCUUAAAUUCCUUGGAGCUGAGAUUGAUUCUACAAAUGGGAAAAAUAAAAAGAAACACAAAGGGAAGAAAGAUGAUAAUCGAGAGGACAAGGAAGGAAAAAAGAAAAUUAAAAAUUCUGAAAAAUACAUAGAGGAUAAUAAUGUGGAAAAAGGCAAAAGUGAUGAUGGUCGGUGGAAAGUUAACGAGGGCAGUAGUACUGUUGUGGGUGAAGUUUCUCAUGAUAAUAAUAGGAGAAGUAGAGAGAGAGAAGAAGAGAAAAAGGUAAAUAAUAAUAAGAAAAAUAAGAAUAAUGAUAAAAAAACUAAGAAAGAUUCUAGUAAUUUGCGGGAGUCAAGCAGUGUUGAAGAUCUCGUAUCUAAGUGCAGACAAAGUGACAGUGUACGCGAUAUACGUAAACAAGUGACGGUAGAUGAUGGGGAUAUGCCUCUGACUAUUUUAAAUACAUAUCACAAUAAUAAAAAAGUUGAUAAAAUGAAUAAUGUAAUCCCAGAUGGACCUUACAUAAAGGAGCCAGUAGUAGUAGAUAUCAUAAAUGACAAUGAGAUUAAUUCACUUCAAGUUACUUCAGAUUUUGCAGCUGAUUUUUAUAGUGCAGGAGACUCAUUCUUAACUACAGAUGUGUCUCAUACCCCAUCAUCACCAUCUGGUGGUGACUUUGAAGUUGUGAGUAAUAAAAAAAAGAGUAAACGAUAUAAAAAUGGGCCUCAUAUGGCAUCCUUGAAUUUGAAGAGUGGGGGGUCAGACAAAGUGAGUAGUAAUAGGAACACAGGGAGCUCGUAUAGUGACGAUGGGAUACGUUGCUCACGAUUUGUUCAGAGUAAGGCAAAUCAGAGAUCGAGUGGAGGUUAUGAAAGACCUCAUAUUAAUUUUAUGGAAGGACCACGCACAGCACACGAAAACUUCUGGGCACAGUUGGGUGUUGGUGAUAGGUAUGGGGGAGAGCGUUACACAGCUACAACCACAAGUGCCCCCCAUAGUGAGGAUUCAGGCUCAGAUGGGGAUGAUUCUGUACACUCUAUGCCUGUUCCUUCCAUAACACCUAGGCCUGAUGUCCGUAAGCCUCCACCUUCUUCAGAUUCAACACCUCAAGCCUCUUAUGCAAACAUUGCUAAGCUUGCUGCUUCGGCUAAUCGUGCGCAAAUGAAACGAAUGUCUCCCUCAGUUGGGCAGCCUGGGACUGUUGUUCAUAAAGAAUUGGAAGUUGAGCAAAGUUUCAAUGGAAAUGUGGAGCAAUCUGAUUCAAAGCCACCAGUUUUGAAUGAAUCUCGUCCUAAUAUUUUAGAUGACAAUUUUCCAUCGUUAGCUGAAAGUUUAGGGGGUAUUGGGCCUCCUAGUUCAAUAUCUGCUUUGAAAUCAAAUGAUGUACGGACCAACCCGAGUGAUAAUGUAAUGCAGUCUGGAAGCAUUUCUGUAGUGCAUAGCCUUGAUCAUCUGAAAGAAACUAUUACUUCUGAUGAAUCUAAUUGUGGGCAGAGAGAGAAUAUAGAGCAUGCCUUAUUACCAAUAACAGGUGCUGCCGAGGGAGCAGCAGAGGAUAAAAGACCAAUUAAGUCUCCAAUUGAAUGUGUGUCAAGCCCUUCAUCACAAGCUCAGCAGUUUCAGCAAACAUCUGUCCAGCCUCAAGACCAGCAUCAUCAUUCACAUCAAAUACAACAGCAACAUCCUCAGAUUCAGCCGAAUCACCAUCAUCAGAUAAGUAACACUCAGCAACAGCAUCAGCACACUAAACAUCAGAAUAUAAUUUAUCAACAGAAUACUCAUCAGACUGCCCCUCUGCAGCAGCCAGUACCACACAGCCAAUACCAGCGGCAAAAUUUCUAUCCCCAUUCAAGUUCUCCACAAAAUUCUCUUCACACAAAUCAUCAACAAAAACAAACUCAACAGUUAUCCCAGCAACCUCAGCCUUCUUUGCCUUUUGCACAAAAUACGCAACAGAAACAGCACCUCCCACAAACUAUACAACCUCAGUAUCCGAAACAGCCUCUCCAAAAUCCACAGCCCCAGCAAAAUGUACAUUUACAGUCAAGCCUCCAUUCCCAGCAAACUGCAUAUCCACAAUCUAGUAUGCAUUCCCAACCAAGCUUGCAGUCCCAUCAGAGCCAUAUUCCCCAACAGAAUGAGAACCCACAGCUAAACCCACAUUCCCAACAAAUUGCUCAUCCCCGACAAAAUGUGCAUCUACAGAGUGUACAUUCACAACAGAACACAAAUCCUCAACAAAAUUCAAACCCUCAGCAAAACAAUUUACACCUGAAUUCACACUCUCAGACAUAUUCACCUCAAUCCAACUCUCUCAAUCAACCAAUUUCGCCUCGCCAACAGAACCUACGUUCACCUCCUAACCCACAUUCCCAACAAAACUCCCAUCCUCAACAAAGUUCAUAUCUUCAGCAAAGUCCAAAACCCCUGCAAAACUCUCAGCCCCAGCUUAUUACACAUCCUCAGCAAAGUUCACAUCCCCAGCGGAACUCUCAGAGUCAGCAAAGUAUGCCACCUCAACUGACUCCCAAUCAAGAGCAAACUUCUCAGCCAGAACAAAAUAUGUUGCCUGAAGAGUCUUCAGUUCCUUUGUUUAGCAGUGCAAAUGGGCUGUUAGUAGGUGAUGCCAGUGAGGACAAGCAAUCUCUUGGUAAUAAAAGCCAAGGUAAACAAACUAAGAAUGGGUCGGUGGCACCCAGUGUUCAGUCAGGUGAUACUAGUCGUAUGAAGAAGAUGGAGCCCGCAGUUGUAUUUACAGACAAUGCCAAGUUCAACCACAGUGUCAGUGGAAUUGAAUUUGGCUUUGGGUUUGAUGAGCCCAUUGUGACAACUAGUGAUACUGAUGUAAGAGAAAGUAGCAGUUGUGUAUUAGAUAAUGAAGACAGUAAUUGUAAUAACAACCACCUCUUAAAGAACAAUAUGAUAGUGGCUAAAGACUUCAGCAAAUGGUUUAAAGCACCCAAGAAUGAUAAGAUUAACUACAACUAUGAAGAACUCAUUAGACAUGUUUCUAAAGAAUGGGUAGUGACGUUACGGUUAAUGGAAGAGGACCCUAAGAACAUCCAGUACUGGAGAGCUGCUGCGAGCACAGAAGAAGCAUAAUUUGGGUGUGCAACUUUGUGUGCCUUAGGGGCAGGGAAAAGAAAUAAGGGGAAUUGUUUCCCUAUAUACUGAAUGCCUUUACAAGAUAAUUGCAAAAUAUGCAAACUCCAGAUGGUGAUCGUUAUCAGUGACUGGCUAGCUAAUAAAUGUGUGCAUGUUGCAUCAUCUUGUAACAGUGUGGAAAGAACACUUUUUAAAAAAGUUUGUGGAUAUACUGUACAUAACAUGUAAAUUAUGUGAAAUAUUGACUUGAAAAAGUCUGCAAAUUAAUAAUAAAAAUACUGUAUAGAAGACUUCAUAAAUGGCAGACAAGAGUCUAAAUAUCUCAGGCCACAGUGACUCGGAGGAAUUUGUAAUAUUUAUACAAUAUAUCCCCCAAAGAUGAUCUCUGCCUAAUAAAUUGUUAUACAGAGUAUCAUGCAAGAAAUGACUGAUUUAUGUACGAGUAAGGGUGUAUAAGCAUUUCACCACCUCAGGUGUCUUUAAACAAAGUUAUUUAUAAAAUAUACUGGAGUGGUAUUAAUACUUAUGAAUAUGCUCUUAUUAACACUAAUUUAAAACAGUGUUUUCCAAACUUAAGAGAACGAAUUGUGAAAAAUAACUCAUCAAUACAGUGAUUCGUGUUGUGAUCUUGUUAUUCCUCUUCAAAGAAGACUACUACUUUGGAGCAGGUUUUGUCGGGAGUGUAUCCAGUUAUUCUGUUGUCCGGUCCAGAAACACUUAACUUGGGAUGUAAAAAAUAUAUAUGGUGAAAUAUAUCGUUUGGCUUCUGCUGCUCAUACAAACAUUUAAAGAUGCAAAUGCACCGUGUUUUCCUGCAUAUUGUGAUACUUAACACGCUGUGCUUGAGGUAUUUACCUCCAUAAAGUGUCUUUUAAAUCUUCUAGUCUCAUGAACUAUAGUAGUAAAGACCUACUUAAAGGUGCAACUCCCCAGUGGUCUAAAGUUAAGGACAAGAAUAGAAGGACUUAUGGGGAGGACUAUGGCAUCUUGUGGAGGCUGCUUUACAUAUUAUAAAUGCCCCCAUCAGAAGCUGGUCAAUUAGGUGGUAGACCAGGGCAUUCCUAUUGGAAUUCUCUCAAAGACUGUAGCAGUGGUGCCUCAGUGUACAAAGCCUAGAUGGGUACUAUUGAUGUUGCCAUUAAUUGUUAAAAAAAAUUACUAAUUGUGUAUCUUAAUGUUUUUGUACAGAGUACUUGUUUUGAAGAUUUAUAAAGAAAAAUUUGUUAAAAUUCUUGAGAUUUGUUGUUUUCCCCUUAUUAAUGAUCAUUAAAAACUGUUUGUGGCAACACCAUUCCAACAUCCUUCUCCCAAGGCUAACCUGCAGUUGUGAAGUGGACAGAGACGAGGUUUGGUAGCAGCACUACAGUGUGAUAACAUUAAAGUCAUAUGGUCAUUAUAGUUGUCUGUGCAAUGUGGUUACAUCUAACUACUACAUAUAUUACUGGAGUAUAACCAGUGGUAAUUUCUAGCCUGAUAUAGUGGUGUCUUAUUAAAGGUAAUUUUAUUCGAACUCAGAUCACCAAGUAUAAAUAAGCCUCAAAUCUUCCUCCUAAAGAUUUUGAGCAAAUAAUCUUUUCACAUAAUGUUCGCUGCCAGACUUUUCAGCUAGCUUCUCUACUGCCUGCAUUUGCUGUAUGCACUUUGUCCCAGAUAGGUGUGAACUGGGCCCACUGUUGACAUGUUAUUUAGGCUGUGUUACUUUGUUGUGCAGAGUUGAAUUUCUGCAGUUACAUGCUCUGCUGUAUUCCCAAGAGAACUAAGUAGUUUUGUGUAACAGUGAGUAUCUAGUAUCUUUGUAAUGGUUAUGUCAUCUGUUGAGAAUCAAAAAAUUUAAUGUGUACAGUGCAGUGAAAUGUUUCAGAAAAUAUUUAACUACCAGGAAAGAUCUAGUGAAAAGCGUAAUUCAAGUGCACGAGUUUAUGUGCGUGUUUGCUGGCUCGUUGCUCCAGAUAUGAAAAACUUCCAGAUACUAGUGCUCUAAAUAUUCACUCCAAAAACUGUUCUGCUGCUUUGGGAGCAUUUCCCUAUAUAAAAAUAUUUAGAGACUUAUACAUGAAAAUAUUUUCAUCAGAUCUCUUCUGUAAUGUGCAUAAACCAAAGAUUAUUUGAACUAAGCUGUCCAUUAAUUGGUAGCUCUCAGCCAUGCUCUCGGUGACCUGAAACAGCUCACAGACUACCUUUGGAAGGUUAACUAAAGUAAGCCACACAAAUUUAUUUAUGUAUGCAUAACCAUAUAUGCAUCAGAUGUGCUUCACAGCAUAUGACAGCUAAUAGGACAGUGUGCCCAGUGGAUUGUGUGUGAAUGUGGUGUCUUUGACACACUGCCAUGAGUUAGCCUGCAAUCCUUUUCAGUCUUGAUGUCUUGGGGAUUAAUGGUAAUGGAGCUCGUAAUGAGCUUCAUUUAACUGUGUUGUAGAACCCACCCUUUUUUAUUUUUUGUUAAUUGGUUGGUGACUUGUUGAAGCACCAUCUUAUUGCUUUUCAUCUGUAUAUUUCUUUAUGGGGGCUGCUGCUUAAUUGCCUCCUAUGUUAGCUGCCUAUAUGAGCCUGUACAAAUCUUGAGUUAUAUUUUUGCUUGUGUUUGGAUGAGAAUGCUAAUUUUUCUUAACGGAAUAUUGUCAUGUAUAAUCAACUUAAAUCUCUAGUUGAUACUCUGAUUUCGUAUGCAAAACUUGUAUGAUGUAUGUAAAAUUUUUUGGGUACUGUUAUUAAAUUUAUUUUAUUAAAGACAGCAUUCAAGCAUUAUACAGGCUUAUUAUUGCAGCUUUGAGCUGCCUUCUGUUCUGAUCAACGUACAAAGGCCUUGUUUUUCCCUUCAUUUCAGUGCUCUGGAGGAACGUCUGCUUCAUCUGUCUAAACAAUCACUCCCAGCUGUUUAUAGAAUUUUAUGAACUGUAAGCAGUACUAUCUCACCCUUGCUGUUGACUUAAUCUCAUAACAUUUCAUCAAUCUGUUACCAGGUGAUUGUAUCAUGUUAAAUAGAAGUAACAGCUGCCGUCGCCAGGCAGCUCUGCCAUGUAUCAUAGACCUCACUCAUGCUGUUAGCAGAUAACCUCAGUAACUCAAAACAUUUGCUCCUUUGUUAACAGCAUCAGGGAUAGCCACAGAAUACAGUGCUGUGAAUGAAUAUUCAGAAGUGUUAGCUUUCUUCACUAAUUAAUUCUGGUAAGUUUCUAAGUUUUUGGUUAUGUAAGUACAGUCAAUAUUGUGGAGGUAUAGGUGUCGUCUUCCAUCAAGGUUUAUAUGUGAUAUGACUAUAAUUAUUCCAGUGGAGAGAACACUCCAAAACAUGAGGGUAUAUGUUUCUGAAAGAUGUAGAUAUGGAAGGAUUAUUUAAUUUCUUGAUUUUUUUUUUUUUAUUUUACCUGGUUACUCGUUCAAUCUGGGGACAACACAGUCAGCUACUUAUACUUGUUCAUUGCCAUACCUGUAAAUGAUUCACUGUAUUCUGAAGGCAUUUCUCUUAGUAAUUCAUUGCUGAAAUGAAGUCAUUUUCCGAACAGACAAUGUGUGCAAUGUUUCAAGGCAGUUGAAAAGACCAAUGUAUUCUGCAAUAAAGUUUCACUGCAAACACUCGCAGACUGUAAUGAACAUGA